AUGAGACGCAGACGGCGUCAGACGGAGUCACGCUCAAGAUCGCGCGAAGGUGACACUUCCGCUCGUGGGCUUUUUCAAGAGCCUUACAUGAGGCAACUGAGGAUAGAGGAUUGCCGAGCCGUCUUCCGAUCCAACAAGGCAGCCAUUCAUGCGUCAAAGCCGGAGAUAAAGAUAGUUUGCGCCCAACUGUCGCAAGCUCUGAAAGCGGAAGCCCUGGACAGCGUUGUCCUGGACUUGCUGAGACGGCUCUCGGUCUACAUGCAUCCACUUCGAGGGAACAGAAUGCUGGAAUAUUUGCGCUUUACGGGAGCCGUACCACUUGUUAAAGCGGUGAGACGGGACUGUGGAAAGGAAGUUUCAGGCUUCGCUUCGCGUCUGUUAGACUCGUGGAGGGCAGUCCUGGUCGAUCUGCAGAAGCAACAAGCAACAGAUACAGCGAGUGCUUCAAAGCCCAAUGCCGAAUUGUCUGCUGCCUCCAGCACCUCGCGCGCAGCACGGCAGCCGCAGAGUGAUGGAAAGGCCCUUCUGGUCUCGUCUUCUUCCUCCUCCAGUGUGUCCACUAGCUCCGACUCGGAAUCACAGCAUGGCGUACUUCUACUGGACAGGCGCGUCGAGGCACAGCUGGAGAGCUACCGCACUCGGAAUGCAGCUCUCGAGGCGCGCGCAGGUACUCGGCCAUUUCCUUCAUUUGAGAUCGUGCCAGCCGAGCUGUGCCUUCAGGCGGUGAAGCAAGGGCUCGAUGCGGAGAUUGAGAGGCGGUGGUGCAUGCGAGUCCAUGUGACGCCGGCGUUGGGCGCACCUGUGCUUGCUAAUGUGAGGCUUCGGCGGGAGCUUCAAAGCAAGGAGCUGUAG